AUGUUCCUGAACGCCAUCCCACAGCUGCAAGUCCACAUCAUGGUGCGGAAAGAGCAGCUCACCGAGUACAACUAUGAGAACCACCCGCCCACGGCGAACCACGCCACCAAGUACAUCGAAGCGGAAGAAGGACGCAACUUCGCCAUGAGCGUGAGAACGGACCCGCAAAUGGCAAGAGUGCAACAGGACUGUGUCGCGGCACACAUCUUUUUCGACGGCAAGCACGUGGGAGGCUCUAUUCUCGAGACCGGCCGCAGGCAAGCCUCUCAGUGGUUCAUGCGGGAUUGUUACGAGCGGAACACCGCCUCGGGCUCCACAUCCGAGAAAUACUGCUUCGCAAGCCUUCAGACGAACGACAAUCCCGUUGGCACGGCCAAGCUGGCUGAUUACAAGGAUCUCGGCGAGGUUGAAGUGCGUUGCUACUGGGCUCGGAAGACCGCCGGCACACACACGAAUGACAGCCAAUCCACUGCUUCCCAAGACGUCUCAGCAAGCAUUCCCGAGAAGUGCUUGAAGGGCCGAGCAAUCUCUAGCCGGGCAAGCCUGGGCGCUGUGGAGCAGCGCGCGCACAAAGUGAACUACGCCAAUCUCAAGUAUCCGUACGGCAUAACGCCAUUUGCAAAAUUCACCUUCAAAUGCCGAUCACGUCGUGACCUCCAGAUCGAAGAUAUCAUCCCACGAACCCCGUCGCCUGCCCCACUCGAGCAGCGUGACCCCAACACCUUGACACUUGAAGAGUCGAGGGAGCUAUUACGGCGGCUACUACAGCGCAAAGAACAACGCGAACAAAAGCAGCAGAUCGAGAUCAAGAAAGAAGGUCAGAAGAUCAAGAAAGAGGGGCAGAAGAAGCGUGAGCGCUCUGAGACAGUCGAGGCCGAAGUCGAUGACGAAGACGAAGGGGGAAUUGUUGUUACUGGAGAAGGCCCUGCCCGCAAGCGUGGGCGUCAAUCCACGGACUCUGGCGUCGAGAUUGUCGACCUGACCGCGGACUAG